CCUCAUUGCCGCAGUUGUUCAUGGAAGACUCCGGUGUGACGUCACCGGAUUGAGCAGGAAGGGAAGACAGGAGUAGCAGAGAAAAUGGCGAGUUGUUUCUGUUGUGAUGCUCUGUGACCGGGAUUAAAUUUAGUGUUUGUGGACUUCAAUGAUUUUAAGAUUUAAAUGUAGUGUUCAUUUAGGUGCACUAAGGUUUCUUAGGUGGCACCAUGACAUCUAAUAUGUACAGAGUUGGAGAUUACGUAUAUUUUGAAACGUCUUCAACUUCACCAUAUCAAAUAAGAAGGAUAGAAGAACUAAAUAAAACUCCUAAUGGUAACGUAGAAGCCAAAGUAAUGUGCUUCUUCAGGCGGCGAGAUUUACCUAAUACGCUUAUAAUGUUAGCUGAUAAACACCAAAGUGAGUACCAUUAUAUAUUUUCUUUUUGUAGUGUAGUGUGUAUAAUGUGUUACCAAAAUAUUUUGUUUCAUAGUUUAUACCUAAUGGAAAAGAAUUUGAAUGAGUAAUAAGAUUGGAUUCUAGUUAACAAAUCCUACAUUAAAAUGUUAACCAAUGCAUAUUUCAAGAUUUAUUCAGUGGAAAAUGCUUUAAACGUGAGCAGGACAUUUAUUGAAUAAAAUCAAAGUAAGGAAAGACUUGGAUAGACCCUGGAGUAAGGUAUCUUUAAGUAUAUGUAUGGGUAGGUUGACGCAUGUGCCUGGCAGUUGUGGUUUAGUUAUUUUUUAUAAAAUCAAAAAAACUCACAAUUUUAGGUCCCAAAUUAGUUGGGCAUUCCAACUAUUCAGGAUAUUUCUUAUGUGUUCUUUGUCUUUCUAGUGUACGGUUUGCCUCAAUUUUAUUUUGUUCUGUUUAUUUCGUAUUCACUUUUUUAGCAUUUUCCACUUAACACUCAAAAAAUUAUGUAAAUUAGAACUAGUAAAUGUUGACCUCAGAUUGUUAU